UCGAAAAAUUUGUACGGUUCGGAGUAGGCACGUCCGGAUUUUAGCGCGAUUUCGUGUGUUUUUGGUCGCCACUCGAGUGUAAAGAAAUUUGUACACCAUCGAAUCAAAUCGCGAGUGCAAUUUUGUAAAUACAAAAAAGAAAAGUGUCUGGCAAAUUCAUAAUCAUAAUAAUCCAUGUGUGCAUUAAAACAGCAUUUUUCUAGUGUCAAACCAGUUUGAAAAGUUUGAAAAUAUAUAUAUAUAUUUAUAUAUAUAUCUGUGCUGCCGCCAGUUCUAAUCGUUAAAUCAAUAAACAAAACUGGAAGCCAUUAGCUGAAAUAACAAAAACCAGGAACGACAGAAGAUAUCAACGGAGAAAAUGAAGCCAAAGCAGAAGAUUUCCUUAGAGCCGCUCUUGCUCAUCGCCCUGCUCCUCGGAAUUUUGGUGGCCACCACCCACGCUCAAGACCAGAAAUCCGUGAAACCAUUGGCGGCAGCGCCAUCGCCAUCCCGGGAUGAAAUCUAUAUCGAUGAAGAGGGCUCAGGCGGACGUGGCGGGAUACACGAAGAUCUAGAGAAAGAUCCCGACUAUUCUGGCUCCGGCUUCGGACCCGAUGACGAGGACGCCGAACCCGACCAACACUCGCACAGUUCGCACAAUACGCGAAUCUCGAACGGCGGCGCCGGCAUAAACAGUAAGCAUAACUCGAACGAGAACUUCGGCAAGAACAGCAACAGCGACCUCAUCUCGAGUAGAUUCAACAACAAGAAUAAUCACAAUCAGAUCGACAACAGCCAGAAUAUCAAUCUCAAUCCUAAUAAUAACCAUCAAACGAAUAGUGGCACAAUCAUUGGUAGUAGCACCACAGCGAACAAUAAUAACCACAAUAUCAACAUCAACAGCCAGAGCGGCAUCAUCAGUGGCAGUGGUAGUGAGAUCGGUGGCCAUAGCACUGGCACUAACUCAAUCGCAGCUCAUACACCAACACAAACCCCAUCCACAAUCUCAACAACUUCGAGUUCGAGUUCGAGUUCGAGUCCGAGUUCGAAACCAACGCCUGCAACCACCACCACAACAACAACCACCGCAUCCAGCACAACGGCAGCCACAAGUACCACAUCGACAACCUCGACAACGCCGUCGUCUGUCCAUUCCAAUGCCACAACGACCACGGUUGCGCCCACGAUUCCCACAUCCCCCGAUCAUCCGAUAUUCCCGCCCUUCGAUAAGGACCUGGACUCGGAGGCCAGUGGCGAUAGCAUCGAUUCUGACGAUGAAGACGGCGGAGAUUAUGAGGAAGAUUUGGACAAAGAAAUUGACAUCGAUGAUACCGAAUCGGAAAUUCCCAGUCCAGUUACGCCCAAAAUCUCUAAGACAGGAAUGUUCGAUAAUGACCCAACGCAGGAAGAAAUCGAUGUGGAUGGCAGCGACGAGGAUGAAAGUGUGGAUAGCGACGUUGAUGGUCCAGCAAUUGGUGGCACCGAUGGAGAUAUUACAGAGCGCGAACCGGGCGCAGGUGGCAGCAACGUGCACGAAUUGGACCCCAAUACGAACGUGAAUAGCCAGCCCUCCGACACGAAGGGCAUCGAUCACAGGCCCAACGGCAACGAAGUGGUCAUCAUGAGCGAGGACGAUCGCACGUCGAGCUUCUUCUCGCAGCCCGGAAUUCUGGCUGCUGUUAUUGGUGGGGCCGUUGUUGGCCUGCUCUGCGCCAUACUCGUGGUGAUGUUCAUUGUGUACCGCAUGAGGAAAAAGGACGAGGGAUCCUAUGCGCUGGACGAACCCAAACGAUCGCCGGCCAACAACUCGUAUGCGAAAAACGCGAAUAAUCGCGAGUUUUACGCCUGAGAUAAUGGCACGGCGCGCAGGUAUUAAGUUGACCACAAGGGCAGGAAAAAACUGUGAGGACGAGGGUGCGGAAAACUGGACGGAGGCGGAGCGAAUGGGUUUAAUUAGGCUCAACUGAAUACACUGUGCGAAGUGGAAGUGCACCAUCAUCAGCAAUCCACUAAAAAGAGGAUAGUUCAUCCGCAGCAGCAGCUACAAAACUAACACAAAAAACAAUUGAAAAUUUCAAAACAUUUUCAAAAUCACACAAUUUUUCGUGAGGGGUAAAUAAAACUAAAAUAAUAAAAAAACAAAUCGACAAAAUAAUAACAAAAGAAAAACAAAAAAAAUUGAAAACUUACCUGUAAGUUAAUGCAAAAUACACACACACAGACAAACAACCGACUCUCUGCGUGUGUGGGUGUGUUUGCAACUUUUCUAAUUAAGUAAGUUUUAAGCGACAAAAACCAACAAAAAAUAUCAAAUAUAAUUGCAAAUAAAUCAUGCAAAAUUUAAUAUAUAAAUAAUAUAUUAUAUAUAAAUAGUGAAACCAAUAUAAGGGCGGGCAAAAUUAAGCGAAUUAAUUAUGAAUUACGAGUAUGUAGAGCAAAAGCAGAAAGAGCAGGAGAAAAUGGAAUAAUAAUUAUAAUAAUACACACACACGCGCAUCCAACUACAUAGAUGUAAAAGGCAACUUUCGUGCAUAUUGAAUAUAAAUGUAUGCAUUAUAUAUGUUAGCUGAGUAAUAAAAGCGAAUUGGAUACAUCACGAUUAUUUCUCAACUCUCGAUAGACCCCUCGUCGAACCACACACUCUUAACUCUUUAUUUUAAAUAUCAAUUGUCAAACGAAGUCCAAUGAAAAUAAUUAUAAUUAUGAAUUGUGCGGCACAUAACAAACGGAAAUCGAUGCAUAAAUGUUUUUAAGUUAUACAUAAGCAAAACUAUGUAAUUAUUAGUGUAAUUCCUAAAACAAAAAAAAAAAAAAAGAAAACAAAAAAUGAAAAAUCCUAAAUCAAGCAAAAACAGAUUUAUUGACACUGUGAACCUUCCUGGCAACUAAAAACAAACAGAAUUGAAAUGAAUAGAACUAUUUCUACUUUUUUCUAGAAAACACAAAACCAUGAAUAUUUAUUGAAAUGAAAUUGAAAUUGGAAAAUUGAAUUGAAAUCGAAAGAAAUGGAAAAUCGUCAGAAAGAAAGCAAUUGUACAUUAAUUUAGGUUUCCACUUGGGUUUUAGAGUUAUUCGAGAUUUCCUUCGCUUGAAUUAACUGCUUCUUCCAUGGCUAAGAAUCAAAAUCGGAUUAACGCAUUAAUUAUUGUGCAUUUAUUUAGUUUUUACGUUCGCUGUCAAUGACAAUUGUUUAGUUUUGCAAGCAAAAUACAAAAGCGAAUUAGAACGAAAACGACAACAACAGCCACAGAUCAUAACCACAUGCAAUAGUGAAAAUGAAUUGUUAAGUUUACAAGGCAAAAUCAUUUCAAGCGAAAGCAGUCCAGCAACAAAUGUUAUAUUCACCCAUACCCACGCCCUCACACAAACAACCAAUUAGCUGCAAUACUUGUUUAAUUGUUAGUCAACCAAUAUUCUCUCUCCAACUCUCAUGCCAUAUUUUCAUUGCGAAAAGAAAGUUAUGAAAAAACGAAAACUAAUAUAUAACAUAUAAGUAUAUAAUUAGCAACAUAAAUCAAUUGUGUGUGUAACUGUGUAUAAUGCAUAAAUAAUGAAUUAAACAUACUACUACUUUGACGGCAGAGCAAAUAACAAUGGGAAAUUUCGAACAUCAUCAAAAUAGAAAACUAUUUUCCCCCUUCCGAAAUCCAAACUGAAACUCACACACAAAAACACACACGAUGCAAACAAACACGAAAACAUGAAAAACAGCCACAGCAGCAACAGGAACUAAAACAUUUUUCUGAACACAACUUUUUCUACACUGUAAAAAACGCAACCGCAACUUUUUUGAUAUGUACAAGUACUAUGUUUGUUCUACUUUCGACCCAUAGUACGUUUUGUCAAAUUUUACAUCAAGUUUUUUUGCUACUUUGUAAGCGUUUAGUUUGUUAGUUUUUUAAAAUGCGCUGAAUGUACUGAGAAAUUGGUUUUGAUUUGCUAAAUAAAACUGGUAUAAAACUAAUUUAAACAAAAAA